GAAGUGACGCGGGGAGCUCAAACGAGUUCGGCCAAGCAUCGGGGAUCAGACGAGCUGCAGCUACGUCUCGUCUGACAGCGGAGGACCAGGCGAGGACCAGCGGAGGACCAGCGGAGGACCAGACGGCCGGCCGGGACAGCAUCUGUGAGUACGCGACCAUAAUGAAUCCGGUGUACAGCCCUGCGCCAACGGGGGUCCCCUUUACCAACACCAAGGGUAUAGGCUACCCAGCUGGAUUCCCCGUUGGCUACGCGGCAGCUGCUCCAGCAUACACUCCCAAUGUGUACGCAGGAGCAAACGCAGCCUUCCCCGGCGGCUACGCUCCGGGCACUUCUUUCAAAAUGUCCUGCUCUCCCAACACGGGGACCGUCCCGCCGUACUCCUCCUCACCCAACCCCUACCCUGCUGCCGUUUACCCCGUCAGGAGCACCUACGCCCAGCAGAACCCGUAUGCGCAGGCAUUAAUACCCUCACAACAACAAGGCACUUACUACACGCAGCCGCUGUACGCCGCGCCGCCUCAUGUCAUUCAUCACACAACGGUGGUCCAGCCCAACGGGAUGCCUGCGGCCAUGUAUGCCCCCCCCAUGCCUCCUCCCCGCCCCAGCGGUGUCGCCAUGGGGAUGGUAGCCGGCACCACCAUGGCCAUGUCCGCCGGAACUCUGUUGACAACCCCAUCACCAGCCCCCGUUGCCCCCCACCCGGUCACGAUGCCCACGUAUCGGCCUCCCGGCACGCCCAGCUACAGCUACGUGCCCCCCCAGUGGUGAAGAGAGGGAAGCGUCAGAAGACGGUAGAUACGCAUUCACACUCUACUCCGGUGUUUUUCGCUCUGGGUGAAGACCUGUCCUGACGGUGUCUGCAACCAGUUACUCUUCUUCAAGCAUAAUGUGAAUCCAGAACCCAACUACAUAGAAAGAGGCCCAUUCGGAGAGGGAGGUGGUGAAGAAUAGGCCCGUCCCCCUGACCCCCUCUGAACGGAACAAGGCCGCAUCCCACGCCGCACCCCAGCGCCAGCACCUCUGCGACCUGCUGCAUUUCUCACAUCAAACAGCACAGCCUCCAUGCAAACCUUUGGUGGACUCUCAUGCAGGUUUUUAUAGCUUCAACUCUCAAGUGGUGACAAAAGGGAGUUUGGAAUUUUUAUUUUCUUUGUUUUUUAUUUCAUUUGGGGGACACACAUGAUGUUGAAUGCAUGUGUGUGUGUGUGUAUAUGUAUGUGUAUGUGUGUGUAUAUGUUUGUGUGUGUGUGUAUAUAUCUAUAUAAUAAACGCACACAAGCACGCACACACAUACACGAAGUAAUGCUAGCUCAAUCUACCUGCUGUGACAGAUGCAAAAUCAACUAAAGGCACACAUCCAAAGGAACUUUAAAAAAAAAAAAAAAAAUCUGCGAUGCUGAAUCACCACUGAUCAUGUCUUAAAUGUGAAAGAAGAAAAGACAAGAAACCUGAGUUCAUGCAAACUAAACUGUGCUAUCGUCACUGCUUUGUGUUUGGGUAAGUGACGCUAGGUUCCCAUUGUUUCUUUCAGUGUUGCCGUGUAUGCAUCAUGUCUCGCCAUUUUUGUAUUUUACGAGAGAGAUGGGGCUUUGAGCUUGUGCCUCCGACUGACGGCCAUUCCAACACUUAGUGUUUUAUUUGUCCUGCCUCGCCGCACGUUUUACGAGAAGAGUACCAACUUUUCCAAAGGUCUGAAGCAGCUUUUGUUUCCUGCUUGAAUCUCUUUCGGGUGAUUUCAAUGUUUAAACUACUCACUGAUUCUUCGCCACAAACAAACAGCAGAGGAUGCGUUUCGAAAUCAUUCGCACCCAUUGAGUGAGCGUGAAUGAGCGGGAACAGUGCUGUGUGCGGUGUGUGUGCUGUUGCUGUGUUUGUACGAAAGAGGACUGAAAUAUUGACCGUUAGAAAUGGUUCCAUACCUGCUUUGAAUUUCGACCUAGGUCACGUUAAUCGGUUCGCCCUUAGCUCUGCAGCGCUGCGUCAUUUAACCACCGCUGACUGUGGCCAUGUUAGGAAAACGCGACUGUGGGAAGCUCCACCGAGUGACGGCACCAAUUCAAACCGCUGCGUGACGGUGUCUGACCUUUUGACAUUGCUCGCUGUUUAACCUGGAGGUUCGGGGAAAACCCACCAGUAUCACUGCUGCAGACAUGCUCUUCUGUGUUGCCUCGGUCACCUCAGUUGAAUAAUCUGUUUUGUAAAUGUUAUUUUUGUGAUUUUGGCUCUUGUUUUGUAAUCUAAAGAAAGACCAAAAAUAAAAAACAAAUAGUCAAGCA